ACCCUAAAAAAGAAAAAUUUAAAAGGUCCAACCACGAAGAAAACCAAGUAAAUGCAAGGAAAAUGAACCAACAACAACCACAUAGGAACCAGGAACAGGCCCAUCACCAAGAUGCCUUCGUCGUGCAGGGAGAUCUUUCCGGGAAGGCUGUGGCACAUAAGGACGCCACCGCUGUGAUGCAGAUGUCGGAGAAUUCCGUCGCGGCGGCAAAGAACGAGAGGUCGGGUUUGGUGGGUCAUGAUGAAACCGGUGUUGAAUCUGGUGUUGGUGGUAUUAAACUGGCUCCAUUUCCUGGGAAAAGUGUUAACGAGUACAUUGGUGAUGAGGUUGCAACAGGACAAUGUGGCCAUGGAGAUUUAUGUUCAUCUGAUCACGACUCGGCUUCCGAACACGGUGGUGGAAUCACCAUUGGAGAAGCACUCGAAGCCACCGCACUUACGGCGGGAAAAAAGCCAGUGGAAUGGAGUGACGCCGCAGCAAUACAGGCGGCGGAAGUUAGAGCCACUGGCCGAACCUCCAUAAUGCCCGGCGGUAUUGCCGCGGCGGCUCAAUCAGCUGCCACACUCAAUGCUAGGGCAACCAGAGAUGAAGACAAGACCAAAUUGGGCACCAUUCUUGCGAAUGCGACGGCAAGGUUGCCAUCGGAUAAGCCGGCAACGAGAAAAGAUGCGGAAGGGGUAAUGGGUGCCGAGAUGAGAAACGAUCCGAACCUAACCAUUCACCCGGCCGGUGUCGCCGCCUCCAUUGCUGCCGCUGCAAGGCUCAACCAGAGUCAUAAAUGAAAGUAUAACAACACCAAUGACACCAUGCAUGUCGUAUAUAAUUAUGAUAUUAUUAUACAUGUAAUUACAAGAACUCCAC